UAAAGGAAACGGCAGGCCGUCUUUUUCUAAUGGAUUUAUUACUAUCUUUGGCAAGUUAGGUAGCGUUUGCUGUGGUCUAUAACGACAUGUCACACAAACAACUAUCAGACAUGCAGCCAAUAUUACAUACAGAUAAUGUGUCAUGAGACAUGCAAAUAUAAAUUAAAUACAGUGAGUACAUAAGUCAAGGAAAUUAAAUGAGCUCAAAUAUACCUACAAACAAGGCACAAUGAUGCAAUAUGUGCAUGCAGCUAGCCUAAAUAGCAUGUUAGCAUGGAUUAGCUUGCAGUCAUGCAGUGACCAAAUAUGCCUGAUUAGCACUCCACACAAGUCAAUAACAUCAAAAAAGCUCACGUUUGUGCAUUCACACACAGCAUGAAACAUUUGUUGGACAAAAUGAGACAAAGAAGGAGUGGCAUAAAACACGUCUUACUGUGGCAGCGUCUGAGAAAGUUGUACAUGUAAAAAAAAAAACUGCGGUGCGUUCAAGGACCGCAGAAAUUAGUAAGACAAAACUCGUCAAAUCCUCUCAUCGGUGAAGCAUGUUUAAUAUAAACAGAGUGAUUUCUAAAAAUUAGGAAGGUUUGUGUCAUGUUUGCUGUCUUACAGAAACAAUAUUAAAACAAAAAAUAUAUUUUUUUCCACCAUCUUUUCCAUUUUCAUACAUUUUUGAAAAAGCUCCAGUAAGCCACUAGGGCGGCGCUAAAGAUCGAGAGCCAAUAGGGCACCCUACUAUUUAGCAAAGGCAACAUUGAUAGGUGGUCCACAGGGCCGCCUGAAUGCAUGGGCUUAUCUGGGCUGAAGCCCAGGAGCCCCCGAUAUUGACAGCGGAAUGCAAUGACUAUCAAUCACAGACAGCUCUGCUUCAUAUAACAACUAUGUACUCUCUCUCUCUCUCACCUGCCUUGUUUUUUCCUACUGCUAAACUCCUUGAGGUCCACUAUGACUUCUUGGAAUUAGCCUGCACACACUGACCCACAUUUGGGGAAACGUCAACAAGGAAGUUGUAAAAAGCAGCAGAACAUAGGAAGUGCCUGGAGUGGGGUGAAACUAAAGUUUAGCUUGUUGGUUUGCUUGGGGGGAUUUUAAAUGUCAUCUUCUUGUAUGGCUAUAGUUAUUUUACACGCACACAUCCUGCUCCUUCUUCGAUGAAAAUAAAUGGUUUCUAAAGUCGGAGUCAGACAAGCUAAUCCGCUGUCUUGCUGGCAAGAGGAGACUCUUGUGUGUCAUUUAUUUGAUGACCCGCAACACUAUGCUCGUUUUACAGCAGGGUGUCUCCCGACGCCAAAUAGUACAGAAUGAGAUUGUACAUUAAAAAGAAAAAAAAAAGAAACACGUGUUAAAGAUUACAAGCUGUCCCCUCCUCCUGGUGCCUACCGCUUCUUGCUGUUGUCGACUAUCGAGCUACCAGCUGACCUACUUUCUCUCCUCUCUGCCGCUCGCUGCUGCUGACAAGCCCGCCGAGGAUGGUGGACGCAGCCUGCGAAGCUCGCGUAUGGCAAAGCGCUUCGAGUGGACUUUUGCGGUCAGAACCGAGCCAGGCGGCGUGUCCCCCACUAAUAAAUGCGCCGUAUUAACUUGUUAUGUAAUUGUACGCUUUUGGCGACGCAGCCCUCGUCUGCGCAUACAAACAAACAAAAAAAGACCCACAUCGGUGCCGCUCUUUUAGGCGUGGAUGUUUGUUUUCUGCCGGACACCCUUUUUCCUUCCAAGACACAACGCUCCAAAGGUUGCUGUGAAGGCAUAACAAGUAGUGCACCUCCACUGCUCUGUGGAAUGACUUUAUCUGCAAGCAGCGUGUUUAAACAGCUCUAAUCCUUAUAAGGAGUUGCCGUUUGUUCGUACGCUAAUGUGCGCUAGUUUUGUGUGAGGGUGCGCUCAGAUGAGGUCACUACAAACGGGACUUGCGAGACUCGAGAGAGAGCCUGGAUGGGAAAGAGCGUGAGUAUGGACAACCUUUCUGACUUCGGCGGACCCUGUCCUUCCAGCCGCAGGGAAUGGGAUACCAGCAGCUGCGUGGACGAUUUAAUGGAUGAAGAUGAAAAAGACAGGGCAAAAAGGGCAUCCCGAAACAAAUCAGAAAAGAAGAGAAGAGACCAGUUCAAUGUGCUCAUCAAGGAGCUAUGCACCAUGCUGCAGGGCCAAGGCCAUCCUCGCAAGAUGGACAAGUCCACCAUACUACAAAGAACCAUUGACUUCUUGCAGAAACAAAAAGACAUCAGUGCACAGAAUGAAACGUGUGAUGUCAGACAAGACUGGAAGCCUUCAUUCCUCAGCAACGAGGAGUUCACGCAGCUCAUGCUAGAGGCGCUAGAUGGCUUCUUGGUAGCAUUAACUACGGAUGGAAACAUCAUAUACGUGUCGGACAGUGUGUCUUCCCUUAUUGGACAUUUGCCGUCAGAUAUGGUGGACCAAAAUAUCUUAAAUUUCCUCCCGGAGCGGGAACACGGGGAGGUGUACAAGCUGCUAUCAUCCCAUAUGCUGAUGACUGACCCCAUUGCUGCUGACUUCUUGGCCAGUGAUGCACAUGUAGAAUUUUGCUGUCACCUAGCCAGAGGGAACAUUGAUCCAAAGGAGCCGCCUGUGUACGAGUAUGUCAAGUUUGUUGGCGAUUUCAAAUUCCAUAACAAUGUGCCUACAUCCUCUUGUAAUGGGGUUGAAUUGACAUUACCAAGAAGCCUGCAAUCAUCGCUGGAGGAGCAGGUCUGCCUCAUUGCUACUGUUCGAUUAGUCACCCCGCAGUUUGUCAAGGAUUUGUGUAACGCGGAUGAUCCUUGUGAUGAAUUCACAUCGCGGCACAGCCUCGAAUGGAAGUUCUUGUUUCUAGAUCACAGAGCUUCUCCAAUCAUAGGAUAUUUACCCUUUGAGGUUCUUGGAACGUCUGGCUAUGAUUACUAUCACGUGGAUGACUUAGAGCUUAUAGCGCAAUGUCAUAAACAACUGAUGCAGUUUGGAAAAGGUAAAUCCUGCUACUAUCGCUUUCUGACAAAGGGUCAGCAGUGGAUUUGGUUGCGGACGCACUACUACAUUACGUAUCACCAGUGGAACUCCAAACCGGAGUUCAUCGUGUGUACUCACACUGUUGUCAGUUAUGCUGAAGUGCGAGCUGAAAGGAGGCGAGCGUUUGGACUUGAAGAGUUGUCUCCACCUGAGAUUGCUCCCUCUUCUGUGAAGGCCCAGGAACUGUACUUGGACAUGUGCUCCACAUUGGACCCACCACGGGACAGAAACAGCGGCGCACGUUCGGUAUCCUCCCACAGCUCCCGGAAGUCCUCCCACACAGCCUUGUCAGACUCUGCAUCAGCAACAAACUCGUACACAGAGACCUGCACGCCGUCAUGGCAGGCUGCUUCUAUCGGCUCCGAGAGAACGCCGGCCAGACAAGCUGGGCGUUCAAAGAAUUUGACCCAAAGACAAAAUUCCUUUGACCUGGUCCCCCAAAUGAGCCUCCCUGUUUCCCCUCCCUGCAGCAAGCACUCAGCGAUGCAACAGCAAACGCAGCAGCAGCAGCAGCAGCAGUCACCGUCGUCAUCUGUGUUCCAGCUGCAGCAGCCUCAGCUUGGUGUCAUGAACCAGCUGAAGGAGCAAUUGGAGGAGCGGACACGCAUCCUGCAGGCUGACAUUAAGACGCAGCAGCAGGAGCUUCACGACAUCAAGGAGAAGCUUCACCUUGCUAAUCUUCAGAUGUUGCUACAGCAGCCUGUCCACAAUGAAUUUGGCCAACAGCCCCAGCAGCAGCAGGGCCCAGGCAGGCCCAGCCCACAGAGCCAAUCAGGGGUCAUCAGGCAGCUCCCAAGCCACCCGAAAGCACCGUCAUGUGGGGCUCACAGUUCGUCCCCUCAUUCGCUGCUGAGGGAGAACAGCUCUCCCUCAUCAACACAGAGGAUCUCCCGGAGCGGCCAGGUGCAGUCAGUGAGUUUGCCGGUGCAGACCAACACGAGUCUGACCAUGCCCUUCUACAGCAACCCCAUGAUGUUCUCUCAGACCAACACUAGGCCUCUACACGAUGCAAACCAAAGACAAACGGACAACAGCGAGUUUAACCAAGAUGGACAACUACGCAGCAUGCUCCUCAACCAGCCAAUGCAGACGCUGGUUCCCACCAGCAGCGGGUCCUCGCAGCCUUCCCAGCAGUGCAACAUGGGCAUUCCCCAGACCCUAUACACCUUGGAUCAGCAGAUCAUCACGCCUUCAUUCUCCAUGCAACAGGUCAACUGCAACGCCGUGCUCGUGCCGUCUCAGGUCUUCACGUCGCCCAUCAUGAUCCCGCACAACAGUUUCAUCUCCCACCAGUCGCAGUCAAGCUACCAGGCUCAGCCUCAGGCCUCACAUCACUCCCUACAGCUGCAGCAGCCUCAGCAGUUCUUUCAGAUGACUCAAGGACUCGUGCACAGCGGGUCAACUCCAGCGUUCUUACACACCGCCAACCUCCAGCAGCAAAGCACCGUGGGAUACAUCCAGCAGCAACAGCAGCCGCCGCAAUCACAGCAGCAACAGCCGCAACAAAGACAAUACCAACUUUCCCAAAACCAAAAUGCGAACGUUUCAGACUUCAGAAAUAUGCUAACGCGGUAGCAUUGUGGAAACUGGUAUCCAACUCUGCAGCAAAACUGACCCAAGCGGCCAGAACAUUCAAUGUGAAGCCGCUGGUUCACAGGACGACAAUGUGUUGGAGUUCAACAACAGUAAGAUGCGGCACGGAGCACACGUGACUAAAGAAUGUGGUGAUGAGAGGCGGGGCCUUUCAUCACCAGACUGCGACAGGCUGAGUUGUCAUCGAAACAAAUGGAUUUAUCACAGCUCUCAUGAGGACGCCACUUUCAUUUCGCACUUUGGUACCACACCUCACCCAGAAGUAGAAUAUUUAUUUUUGUUUCUAAAGUUAAUAUUAAAUGUUCCCACUAAAUAAUGGCUUCACAGUGAGAUUAUUUUCCUUCGUUCUAACUCCACUGGGAAAAAAAGGGAUUAGUGGGAAUCGCAAAAGUCAACAUCAACCACUAAACUUGCUGCUAUGCAAGUGUAGCGUCUACAGGGCCUUCAGUGUGAAAUAUCAUUAUCUUCUUUUUUAGCUACACUGAAAUCCCUGACGGUAUGUUUGUCCAAAAUUGACAGGCAUUUGUCGCGGUCUUUAAUAGAAAGCUCAAUCUGCAAAAUGAAGGGCUGCUUCAACACCUGUCACUGAAAUGAACAACGGAGCUCUAAUGAGCCCUGCAGCACCACUGUUGACUGACUUGUGAGUGGAGGUGAAGGAGGUUUAUUGUGCCUUUAACCAUGCUACUACUGCUACUACUAUACUACCAUGGUGCAGUUCCAUUGUUGUCUGAUUACGGCUUUAAAAAUCCUGCUCAGGUACAUUUGGAAUACAAAGUUUAUAUUUUCAUAGAUAGUAAUUUAUUUUUUCCCCCCCAACAUUAGAUCAAAAACAGGGAAGAUUUAGAUUUAUAUUGGGGAUUGAAAGAAAAAGAGAAAUAUAUAUAUAUAUAUAUAUAAAUACUGGAUGCCUUUGCAACCUUAACUUUAAAGAUUUAACCCUUUUUUCGCGAACUCUGUCACAUUCAAUCGUUUAUUUGAUGAAACCCUGAUUACAUUUGUUUGAAAUUAUGUCAUGAGAUUUAGAUGAAUUGUCAAUGUUCAUGCAGUCAUUGAAGGGUCACCACUGGUCUUAACUUCUUGCUCCACCUCACUGAAUUAAAUGAAUACCGGUAAUAUGUGGGGACAAUUACAGAUGAAUAGACUGAGACUGGAUGCUGUCCAAAUAUGUCCAGUAUUGCUUGGAUUCGGCUCAUUAAAUAUCAUGUGGUGGUCUAGCCAGCGUCUGUUCUCGAUGGGUACGAGGUGCCAUUUCGACCAACCCGAUGAAAAAUGCCCUAUGGUUAGUUGUUUUUGGCUGUAUGAACCAUUCAAAUCGUGGAAAGGAUAAAUGUUUCUUCUGAGUUCUCCGGGAGGUAAUCAAGAAGGGCGAAGGAGUGCAAGAUUAUACGAAACGACUGAAACGAGUGGCAAGCGCUCCAGUCCAAGGGAGCAGAGUCGAACACACAGGUUUGCAGUGUUCACUUUGUUAAAGGGUUUGUUUGAUAUACUUUUAAAGUUUAGUAUUUCAAAUUUAAGUAUUAUCUUGAUAUUAUUUGUAUUUCUUAAAACACAAUUUUGCUUCGAGUGUUUUGUAAAGAACCAACUCAGCGAGUCUAAAUAAAAGAAAGCUAUUGUGAGCAAAACCUAAAAGAGUUAAGCUUUUACCAAAGGCAACAAUCAUAAAUGAAGCUUUCAGCACAUACACAAUGUUGACAUCUACAGUUAUAUUUUAAAUAAGACGAGGAAAAACAUGUUCACUCGUAAACGGCGUGUGCAACAAACAUGGCAGUAGAGGCAAAGAUAAAUCAUAAAAUGCAACAUUACCCGAGCAAAAACGAUACAUAUUUAUCUGGGAGGGUCUUGAUACCAAUGUCCUUGACCCAGCCACACACAAAAAAGUUGUAGACCUCCAUGCUUUUCCAAGUUUACAUCAAUUUUGUAAACUUGAACCAAUAGUUCCAUAUUUCUGGGAACUCCACCGACUUAUAAUCCUUGAUAUGAAUAGACAAACCUUUUUUUGAUAAAGUAUAGGGAUAGAUUCCAUUGCAAAGUUAGAUUUUUGGAGGAAGAUCUAAGCCCUUUGCGUACUUAGAGAGUCCACGCGCUGCUUGCUGUACAACAGCCAUCUUGGCUUGGUUGACCACCACUGGUUUUUACUUUUGGGAAGAAGUCACAUGACGGAUUACAAGCAAUUCACUAUUUGAGAGGUUACAAAAUGUAUGUAAAAUUGUUUGUAAAUCGUUAUUCAUCACUCUACAUAACAUGCCACAAACAUAGCACAAAAAAACAAGGUUAUUUUCA